GCGGUGGCGCGGCGGCGCGCGAGGCAGCGCAGGCUCGAGCCUGCGCAGGCGCUGGUCCCGCCCCUGGGACCCUCCGGGCCGGGCGGUUUGGCCCCCCAGCGCCCGGGCGUCGGGGCGGGAGAAGGCCGGCAGAAGGGAGGCAGUUGAGGACCCAAGUUUCUUCACCAUGGGGAUGUGGUCCAUUGGUGCAGGAGCCCUGGGGGCUGCUGCCUUGGCAUUGCUGCUUGCCAACACAGACGUGUUUCUGUCCAAGCCCCAGAAAGCGGCCCUGGAGUACCUGGAGGAUAUAGAACUGAAAACACUGGAGAAGGAACCAAGGACUUUGAAAGCAAAGGAGCUAUGGGAAAAAAAUGGAGCUGUGAUUAUGGCCGUGCGGAGGCCAGGCUGUUUCCUCUGUCGAGAGGAAGCUGCAGAUCUGUCCUCCCUGAAAAGCAUGUUGGACCAGCUGGGCGUCCCCCUCUAUGCAGUGGUAAAGGAGGACAUCAGGACCGAAGUGAAGGAUUUCCAGCCUUAUUUCAAAGGAGAAAUCUUCCUGGAUGAAAAGAAAAAGUUCUAUGGUCCACAUAGGCGGAAGAUGAUGUUUAUGGGAUUUAUCCGUCUGGGAGUGUGGUACAACUUCUUCCGAGCCUGGAAUGGAGGCUUCUCUGGAAACCUGGAAGGAGAAGGCUUCAUCCUUGGGGGAGUUUUCGUGGUGGGAUCAGGAAAGCAGGGCAUUCUUCUCGAGCACCGAGAAAAAGAAUUUGGAGACAAAGUAAACCUACUUUCUGUUCUGGAAGCUGCUAAGAUGAUCAAACCACAGACUUUGGCCUCAGAGAAAAAAUGAUUGUGUGAAACUGCCCAGCUCAGGGAUAACCAGGGGCAUUCACCUGUGUUCAUGGGAUGUGUUGUUUCCACUUGUGUCCCUAAGGAGUGAGAAAUCCAUUUAUACUCUACUCUCAGUAUGGAUUAUUAAUGUAUUUUAAUAUUCUGUUUAGGCCCAGUAAGGCAAAAUAGCCCCAAAACAAGACUGACAAAAAUAUGAAAAACUAAUGAAGAUUAUUAAGCUAAAACCUGGGAAACAGGAGGCUUAAAAUUGACUGCCAGGCUGGGUGCGGCGGCUCACACCUGUAAUCCCAGCACUUUGGGAAGCCGAGGUGAGCAAGUCACUUGAGGUCAGGAGUUCGAGACCAUCCUGAGCAACAUGGCAAAACACUUCUCUACUAAAAAUACAAAAAUCAGCCGGGUGUGGUGGCAUGCACCUGUAGUCCCAGCUACCUGGGAGGCUGAGGCAGGAGAAUCACUUGAAUGGGAGGUGGAGGUUGCAGUGAGCCGAGAUCAUGCCACUGUAUUCCAGCCUGGGUGACUGAGACUCCAUCUUAAAAAAAAAAAAAAAAAAAAAAAAAAAAAUUGAUUGCUGUGCCUCAUUACAAAUGCAUAUGGUGUUUGAGUGCUGUUGUUUGAAAUUAUUUUUCUUUUUGGGUCUUCAAAAAUCCAAGAAAAGUUGAUGAUUGACUUGAAGAUUACAGAAUUUAAGGUUUUUUGGCAUGUGUGUUUUCUAUUAAUAAUUGAUUAUAUGAUGUCAAAGUAAUACUUUCAUAAUAGAAUUGACAUGCUCUGGGAUAGUUUGACAAAGGUAAAUUAUAAAGUGAAAUCUCUCGUUUCAUUAUCUUCCAUUCUAACCUCAGAGAUCUGUUUCUCUAGAAAAAAUGACCGUUUCUGGUUUUAAUAAAAUUAUGCAUCAGAAAUCACCUGUAUGUAUAAGAUUUUCUGAUAAAACUAAUAAUUAUAUUUACCAUAUCAUUGGCUGAAAGUAAAAAAAGUCAGCAUUCUCCAUGGCUGAGGGGUAAAGUGCCUGGGGGGAUUCCUCUGGUUCUAGCUAUCUAAGUGGUUUGAAAAUGACCAGGAAAAAUUCAUCCCAUCAUUCAUGUUAGUAAUUUUGCUGUCUUUCCUAGAGGAAUGACUUUGGUGUUUAAAAUUGGUAGCUGUUUUUCUAUUGGUCUUUUAGCCUAAUUUGGCAAAUCAGAACAAAGGACAUAGAGAUGAUGAAAUAUAACUUUAUCUUUUUUGUUUGAAUUUUGUCAUGUAAGUUUGAGUGACAUCAUCAAGACCUACCAGGGAGCUCGGCCGCAGGGAGUCUACUCAAGGCAUCAAACUGGCCCAGGAGUAAAAAGGUGGUGGUGGAAAUAGGAAAUAGUGUUUACCCAGGGGACUGGCCCAGCCAGGAGGAGAAGGGAAUCAGUGUUUACCCAGGAAAGCAAGAAUGGAUACUGACGUUGGAGGUAAAGCUGGGAAAGUAGGAGAGCAUCCGGAUUGAGUAUGCAGAGUGAGUUAGGGGUGAGUGGUUCAGGACUAAGACCCACUAAGACCAUGCUUGCAUCUGACUUCAUGUAGCAGUGGCUGCACGGGGUAUGCAUGGGCCCAUAAAGGGCUGGGCUUCUGCAGCAUUUGAGGCCACAGCCUUUGGUACUUGCACGGGGUUGGUACCUGUCAUCCUUGGGACUCCAGCUACUGACAGGAUAACUCAGUACCUAAACUUAGAACUUGAAUACCUAAGACACUUGAUGGUGAAACAGUUCUCUUGCAACUAAAGAAGAACCUGAGGUCAGGUGUGGUGGCUCAUGCCUGUAAUCCUAGUACUUUGGGAGGUCAAGGUAGAAGGAUCACUUGAGGUCAGGAGUUCAAGACCAGCCUGGCCAGCAUGGUGAAACCCCAUCUCUACUAAAAAUACAAAAUAUUAGAUGGACGGGGUGGUACAUGCCUGUAAUCCCAGCUACUCGGGAGGCUGAGGCAGGAGAAUCACUUGAACCCAGGAGGCAGAGGUUGCAGUGAGCCGAGAUCGUGCCACUGCACUCCAGCUUGGGCAACAAGAGCAAAACUCCGUAUCAAAAAAAAACCUGAGAGGACAUUGCACCAAUGGAGAUGCAUCAAGGGAAACAUUUUUGGUUUUUUGUGAGCUCUCACCAACUUUUUUCCCCUGGGUACUCACGUGCAGUGUGGUCUUUCUGAUUAGCAUGUCAUUUUGGAAAGAGCACUGGAUUGAGUCAUGAGGCAUAUUCAAUUUCUAGUUUACCAGUGUGAUCUUAAGCAAAGAUCUAACUCAUUGGCAAAAUGGGCAUAAUUCCUUCCCAUUCAGGGCUGUUUAUGAUAAGUCACUGAGGGAAUGAUAAAUAUUAUGACACUGCUUCUCAGACUAUAAUGUACAUGCACAUCAUAUAAGGACCUUGUUAAAAUGGAGACUUAAAAAGCUGGACACUAAAGGCAAUAAUGACAGAUUUUACUCAAUAACUACUGCAGAAGGAGAGUCCUCAGUAUAGAACUGAGCUUAGCUCCAAUCUGCAGAGGUGACGGAAUUUUAAAGAGGGGAAGGAGGAGGUUCAAAUAGAACUAGGGAAAUGCAAAAUUACAAAAAGCUGGUAAGGAGACUGGUCAAUGUGAUUCGGCUAUCUGUGUCUACUAACUCUCAAGUUUAUCUAUCAAAGUUAGGAUCCUAGCCUCCCACAGAGACCAGGAGUUGGCCUUAUCAUUCCUGAUAAUUAUAUGACAAAGGGAUGGCUCCCAGAAAAAGUGAGAAACACAUUCCUGUGCAGCAGAAGAUACAUAUAUCCCUCAAAGGGACAGAAAGGAUUUACAAUUGUAAAUUUUAUAAAGUAUGUCCUCUAAGAAGAGGGAGGGGCUGGGUGCCUUGGCUCAUGCCUAUAAUCCCAGCACUUUGGGUGGCCAAGGUGGGUGGAUCACCUGAGGUCAGGAGUUCAAGAGCAGCCUGGCCAACAUGGUGAAACCCCAUCUCUACUAAAAAUACAAAAGUUAGCCUGGUGUGGUGGUGCACACCUGUAAUCCCAGCUACUCAGGUGGCUGAGGCAGGAGAAUCGCUUGAACCUGGGAGGCGGAGGGUGCAGUGAGCCGAGAUCACGCCACUGCACUUCAGCCUGGGAGACAGAGCGUGACUCCAUCUCAAAAAAAACAAGAGGGAGACUAGAAAUCUAUGAUCAGGCAUUGGCUGAAACAAAUGGUAAAUUCUUUUGGCAGCCUUGAGCUUCCCCAGGCAGGGACCCAAAGGGGCCUGGGUUAUCCCUGAGACACGGCCUCGAGCUGCUAGAAACUAUGCUAGUGUUUGUUCAAGUCUCUCCGUGUCUGGGGUGGGCAAAAUCGUUUGUGCUGAAAAUCAAUGAUUUGCAGCUCUCAAGAUUCCAGUAGGCAGUCAGGGUGGGCCUGAGUUUCUGCUUUUUUUUUUUCUUUAGGUACAGGAUCUUGCUCUGUCACCUAGGCUAGAGUGUAAUUAGUGGCCCAAUCAUGGCUGACUGCAGCUGCAAACUCCUGGGUACAAGCUGUUCUGGCUCAGCCUCCCAAGUUACUGUGCUUACAGGUGGAUGCCACCAUACCCAACAGAUUUUAUUUUUGUAGGGAUGGGGGGGGUCUCCCUGUGUUGCCCAGGCUGAUCUCAAACUCCUGGCCUCCCAAAGUGUUCAGAUUACAGGUGUAAGCCACCGCACGUGGCCAGCCUCUGCAUUUCUAACAGGUUCCAGGUGAUCUUGAUGUUCUGCUGGUCCAUGGGUCACACUUGGAGAAGCAUGGUUCUAAAGGACUGUACAGAUUAGUCAUUAAUCUCUGUAGGCUUUGGACUUGAAGCUUUAGCAGCCUUUGACAAGCAUUUGCAGGUUUUUAUUUAUUUGAUAAACUGAGAAUCCAUAUUCAAAGAAAUGCAAAAAAAUUCAAAGAAUGUAAGAAAAUGUCCUUGCUGUAAAGCUGGUGGUUCUCAAUCUCGGAUACACAGAAUCACCUGGUGCGGGGGUUGGGGGCGGGGUGCAGUAUAAAAAUUAUUAAAUCAGAAUCUCUGGGGUAGGCCCCAAGCAAGUUUUUUGUUUUUUUUUUUUUUCUUCAGAUAGAAUCUUGCUUGUCAACUAGGCUAGAGUGCAGUAAUGCAAUCAUGGCUUACUGCCGCUUUAACUUCUGGGCUCAAGUGAUAUCCUCCCACCUCAGCCUCCCUAGUAGCUGGGACUACAGGCAUGGACUACCACACCCAACUAAUUUUUAAAAUUUUUGUAGAGGCAGGCUCUUAUACUAUCUUGCACAGGCUAGUCUCGAACUCCUGGGCUCAAGCAGUCAUCCUGUCUCAGCCUUCCAAAGCUCAGGGAUUACAGACAUGAGCCACAGCGCCAGGCCAACAACAGUUCUUAAAGCUCCUGGGGUGAUUCCAAUAUGCAGCCAAGGUUGAAAAUUACCCUUUAAAAGGCUCGGCAUCCAGUAUGGAAGACCAGCACUCACACGUCGGGAGACCUUACCCAGAGCCAGGCUGCCCCGAUCAUCUCUGAUAACUUUAAAAGGAAGGCCUCUGAAGCAGCCUCAGAAGCAAAAGUUUCUGUCUGACCUUCUCCUGCCCUCUUGUUUCUGGCUUCUCAUUCUCCCCCAAGGCUACCCAUAGAAACUAGAAUCCCUCUUCCCCAAGGCAGGUCAUCAGGAACCAGAACCAGUUUUACCCAAAGCCAGCCAUAAAACCUAAAAAUAGUCCUCUCACUCCCCACUCCCCUUUUCUGUAAAAACUGAUCGGAAAGAAAUGAUCUGACCUACCGUGUUUGACUGUCAUGAGAUACCCAUUCCAGAGAGGGUCCCAGUCCCACCCCAUGCCCAGAAGGAAGGAAUGCUGCGCAGAGAGGCCAAGAAGAAUCUAGACAGGCCUUGCUGGGUUUCCCCUCUCAGUCUAUUACUAUUAGAUCAUACCCUUCUUGUCCAAUCAUAUUUCUACACAGUCCGUAAUCUGUUGAACCUAAACAUAAAAAUGGACAAUUCCCCUGUAUCUUGGGGUCUUCAUUCUGAAGGCUCACAUACAAUUAUGAUCAAAUAAAUUUGUUUGCUUUUUCUCCUAUUAA